UUUGUGGAACGCAUGCAUCUGUCAUCAUGAAUCAACGAAUACGAGCAAGGAGCUGCGAUACUUAUCUCAGCAUAAAGGAUUCGGAGUCACUUGACACCUGCAUUCAGAGCACCUUGUCCGCUCUCUACCCGCCUUUCAAUGCCACCGCCGCCACUGUAUUGUGGCAGCUCUUUAGUGUGGUGGAGAAAGUGUACCGCGGAGAUGGGCUUCGCUGCCUGAUUGACUUUCUUGUCCCUGCCAAGAGGAUACUUCAGUCCAUUCAGGAAGAAACAUGCGCAAAGUUCAAAGGCUUUAUUUUUUAUCAUGAAGGAUGGCCUCUGUGCAUUCAUGAGAAAAUUAUCGUGCAGCUUACAUCCCUUCACAAAGUAAGAUUGAAACCCGGGGAUUUUUACAUACAAAUCGUUCCACUGGGAAAGCAGUCGGCAAAACUAGUUUUGAAAUGUCUUUCACGGAGUGGAGAAGGUAUCCAAGAAAUCCUGGUCCCGGAAAGCAUGUAUGGGGGUAUCUUUACAACUGAGUUCCUGCAAAAUGUGACAGAAGAAACAAAUUGUUGCCCACUUCUAAACUGUUUACUGACCACGGGCACAGUGGUGUACAGGACGCCUUGGAGGAAUAUUGUCAAUCCCGUUUUUGUCACCUCGCCAGAUAGCAUGCUGCCAAUUUUUAAUGGAAAUGCUGGCCAUGACCAAAACAGGAAUAGUAAUGUGCCAAGCGAUAAUGUGACAGAUACUCUUGAAAGUCACAGCUCUCAAGACAGCUUCACCUCAGGUGACACUGACUUAACUGUCAUUGAAGUUGCCCCUCAGGAUAAUCAAGGGAAUAAUUCUUCCAAUGAGGUCUUCUCCCAACAAAACACGACUUUGGUGAAGGAAAACGAAGUUGGGAGUUCUGAUAAUCAGGACAUGCGAUUUUCUAACAGUAAAAAGACAGACGGACUAUUGCUGGACAACGAAGAGCCGAAAGACGUAGACAUGGAAGACAGAGGUCUGCCUCUGAAAGCUGAUACUAGAAGUGGUUCACGCGUUCUUUCUUUUAACACAACUGAUCUUAGUGAUCCAGGACCUCGAAGAAGGCCACUCAGGGAUUCUACCUAUUUUGAAACAAGACGUUUGUUCAGGAAAUCCUACAUGGAGGCCUUACAAAAUCCAAUGCAUCUCGGUUCCAGCUCAGAGGAGUCCAUCAAUGAGGAGACAGUGCAACAGAAAGAUAAUUGUUUAGAUGUGUCUCACACUAGUAGUGACGACAAAGAUAACCAAAGAGAAUCCAUCCCUUGUCCAACCAACAGUGUGCUAUCCAGAGAGGUCUCUAGACCGCACAGCCCACCUGGACCUGCUUUAAUUGAAGACAAUAGGCUAAAUCAACGACGGUCUAAGUCCCUAGAUCGGACUCCUAAGGGUACUGCGUCCAAAACCCACAGGACGCGUUCAUCUUCAGGUGGCCCAGCAAAUCGAAGUUCCAAAACAGCUCUGAACGGAUAUGCCCAGAGGGUCGGGAAACUGGAUUUUGAUGAAAGUGACAAAGGGUCACAGUGCACUAAGGCAGACGCUGGCAUUCCUCAGCACUGCACACAUGAAGAAGAAAUCCGAAGGAGCAGUGAAAGCCGCGAGUCCGGCCAAGUUGUCUUUAGCCGAGCCCCCAAAUGUGAGAACCUCUUCCUGCAAGGAACGACUUCCGAGCCCACUGCUGGUCUGCCAGGUCAUGCGUCCGAGGUCAACCAGGAUCUUCUUCUAUCGGAAGCUGUUAUUUUGCCAGGAAGCAGAGACCGAACUGGACAUGCUGUGAUACAAGUGGAUACCAGAAACAAUAUAUGGGGAAAUGAAAAAUGCACAGCAAAAGAGCUCUGUCACCUGAUGGUGUAUUUCUACUCCAUUCUGAGAAAAGAGAAACAAGAAUUAGGCCUGACUGUUGUGGUGGAUGGCCGCAGAUAUCAGACGCUUUCAGUUGUCAUUGACGCAUUGAUGGAGAUGCAGAUUAUCUUUCCAAACAGCAUUCACUCUGUUUUGGUGCUGGUGGACAAAGAGUCUCCAUUUAAAUGUGAAAGAGACACAGCGAUUCAGUAUGAGGUCUUGAUGUCCCUGAAAGCCCUGCACAAGCACGUCGACCUGAGUCAGCUGACGCAAGCCUUUGAAGGGUCUUUCCCUUAUGACCAUAAUCAGUGGAUACAGUUCAGGAAGAAGCUAGAGCCUUUUUCCAGGAGCUGCAACAAUGCCAUCACAUCUCUGCAAAGUUCAAUUGCUACCCUAAAUGCCAGCUGCACUCUCAAUACAGUUCAGGAAGUUGUAAACCUUACUGAGAAGCAAAAAUCCCUGAUGAGGUUUGUGCUUGAUGACACCAGUCUGGUAAGACUGAGACUGGAGGGGGGCACCAUUCUGGCAAGACUUAAGAAGGAGGAGUUCUGCGAUACAGAAGAUUACAGGGAUUCUAUUGAGAUGGUUACCGCGCUGUACAAUCAAGUGGACGAGGAAGUGCACAAGCUGGUGAUGCUGUCAAAUAAGUCUCUUCAGCACUUGGAAAACCUCCUAGCUCUUCGGAAAUUUGAAGAAGGCUGUAAUCAGAUUAAGCUGUGGUUCAGUACAGAAAAUGAGAAACAUUUCACUCCAGUGGACAAUCUGACGCUUUCUUUGGAUGUACUGAAACAAAUGCAACAAAGCUUCACCGUAUUUGAGGAAGAGUCUUCGAAACGUCACAAGCAAGGCUUACAGCUCAUCAAAGAUUCCAAAAAUAUAAGCAGCUGCCCUCUGGUUGAAGCCACACAUCUGGACGAGAAAGUGCAGAACUUCAAGCAGUUUCUGAACAUAGCCCUCAUUCGAGCAGAAAAGCGCAAGAGUGAGCUGAACAUAUUGGUGAACCUGUAUGAGUUUUAUGAUACGGCAAACCGAUGGAUUGAGCAUUGCCAGGAUUACUUGAGGCAAAUGAGUGCAGAAAAGGACUCCACUAUACCUUCUCUUACAGCUCUUCACGCUUUGCACAGCUUCCACAGAGAGGCUGGCAAAUUUUCACCAGAAAACUUCCACAAGCUGAAUGAAAUGGUGUUAAACCUGAACAGUACCAAGGAGGUGAAACAGUGGAAUUCGCACUGGAUGAAAUGUCAGACUGUACGUCAGGAGCUGGAAGAAAUUUUGUCCAGGUCCUCAGAGCUCCCUAAAGGCUACUUGAUCGAUGGGAACAGUGAAAGGACAUGUGGGGAUUUUAAUCAUGUGGACAUGACUCAGAUGCAUGGGCAGAAUGUAGACAACAACAAUAGUGCAGAAAUACAGACUACUUGUCAAAUGGACGAAAGUGAUGUCAACAGAAACUCACAAAGCAGCCUCUUGUUUCCUGAUCCGGAGCGAUAUAUCAAGUCAGCAUCGGUGUUUGACGACACCGACAGCGAUUGUACUGUUGAUUCUUUCUCUGUAUCUUGCCAAUCCGAGCCUCUUUGCUCACCCGUCUCUCGUCAGAGAAAACAUCCGCUGAAGAAGAUCAUGAAAAAAACUCUAAGCUAUGAUCUGUCGCAAAGAGACACAAGCCAUGGAGAAAUCAGCCCUCUGGGAUUCACAGGAGUUUAUAUUAAAGGCCUGGAAAUCGGCAACAACAUCUCGGGCGACAAAAAGACCCACAGAGCAGGUGUUAACAGUCCACACCUCAGCAGGAGUCGCAGUUUGUCAUCGCCUCCCAGCGUGCACUGCAGACAUGCAGAUGACAACAAACCAAACAGCAACAGGCUUCACCACAUCAUGGAUGAAAUGAUCAUGACAGAGAGAGAAUACGUCAGGUCUCUGGGUUACAUCAUUGAAAAUUACUACCCAGAGAUGGAGAGAAUGGACCUGCCCCAGGACCUGAGAGGGAAGCGAAACAUCAUAUUUGGCAAUCUGGAAAAGCUCUAUGAUUUCCACAGCCAGUAUUUCCUUCAGGAACUGGAGCAAUCUGCUGAAUGUCCACUGCUCGCCAGCAGCUGCUUUCUCAGACAUGAGGAGCAAUUUGGGAUGUACGCUUUGUAUAGCAAGAACAAACCUCAGUCUGAUGCUCUUCUUGCCAGUCACGUCAAUGGAUUCUUCCGGAACAAACAACUGGAGCUCGGUGACAAGAUGGACUUGGCCUCUUAUCUCCUGAAACCGAUUCAGCGGAUGAGCAAAUAUGCCCUGUUACUCAAGGACAUGAUUAAAGAGUGCAGCAAGUCACAGGAGCAGGAACUGGACGACCUCCGUGCAGCUGAAGAGAUGGUGAAGUUCCAGCUACGCCACGGCAAUGACCUCCUAGCCAUGGAUGCUAUACGUGGAUGUGAUGUUAACUUGAAGGAGCAAGGACAGCUGCGCUGCCAAGAUGAAUUUAUUGUCUGGUGUGGAAGGAAGAAAUAUCUGAGACACGUGUUCCUGUUCGAGGAUCUCAUUCUGUUCAGCAAAACGAAAAAGAUAGACGGAGGAUACGACAUCUACAUUUAUAAGCAGUCUUUCAAGACAGCAGAAAUUGGCAUGACCGAGAACGUUGGUGAUAGCGGACUGCGCUUUGAGAUCUGGUUUCGCAGGAGGAAAUCCCAAGACACCUUUAUCCUGCAGGCCAGUUCCGGAGAAGCGAAAGCUGCAUGGACAACGAUAAUUGGGAAAAUUUUGUGGAGGCAAGCCCUACGUAACCGAGAACUUCGAAUGCAAGAAAUGGUUUCAAUGGGAAUAGGCAAUAAACCUUUUAUGGAUAUUAAACCAAGUGAAGCAGCCAUCAGUGACAGAGCUAUUGACUACAUCAUGAAAGGCACAGAAUCCAGAUCAAGAGCUUCCAUCGCCGUGUCUUCCUUUGACCACUCCACUCCAUUCAAAAGGCCGCAUUCGACCAUCUCCAACAGCAGCACCUCGUCUUCCAGCAGCCAGUCUUCUUCUUCCAUUCUGGGAUCUUUAAAUUUACAUUUGUAUCACACGCCCUCGUACGCGGCCUCGAACUGCACAAGUUAUCCACACUGGUCUUAUGACAUCGGGACGUGCAUUGAGGAGGAUGAGCUGGAACAGGAGACAGGAAGCCAGCCUUCCAUGAUUACAGAGAGCUCCGAGACUUCAUCACAGGGCACGUCUGCCGAGAGUAUGAGCGGGUUCAGCAGCGUAUCUCACAUCUGCCACUCUCAGCUUCCAGUUGAGUCUUUCACAGAUGAGGACGGCUCAUUCUUCGCUUCGUCGUCACCUUCCCAAUCCACCUCACCACAGCUCUACAAGAAAAGCGCCGACCUGAAACAGCCCAGCAACCAGUACAUCACGGCGAGCAAGACCAAUCAUAUAACAAUAGGCCUCUCAACAAUGGUCUGAAUGAAAAGUUUUUAGCUCAUUGUGAAGAUGAUCUGAAGACAUCUGCUCACUCGUGAACCACCAAGUUGUCGACAGGAUCGUUGUUUUUUUAUUUUUAUUUUUUCCAUCGAUGGAAGAAGAAAUGAAAACACGGCCAAAUGAGAGCGCCAUGUGUGACCCUACAUGUGCAUCCACAGUAAAGACUUGGAACUGGAAAGCAUGAGGAAUAUACAUUGCACUGUUUAUGGUCCAAACCCUUCCCCUUAGAAAGAAAAUGUACAUUUUAAUUUAAAAUAAUUAUAUAAUUCUAUUAAAGUCGAUGUAAUAAAUCUCAUUGUAUGCAAACAAGACGUCUGUGGAACAUUUGGUAUGAUUUCUUUUGCAAGAUAAAGAAAGUGCAUCAUGUGAACAAAAAAAAAAAAACGAGGCACCACAGCAUCGCCAAUUCGGCAGACUUUAUGAAUGAAGUGAUGAAGACGCUCAUUUAUGAAUUUCAAUCGUUCACCCUUGACUGUUUAAUGGACUUUAUGGCUUUUGAAAUGUUGUACAAAAAUUUGUUAAGCGCUGUUUCACGUUCAAUGUGUGCAGAACUUUUGUGUACUGUGUCGUGUAAUACUAAUCCACUAGCUGCCUGAAAUGGCUUGGCCAUGUUUACUGACAAAAAGUGUAGAAAGCCGUAAUAAAAAACAAAAAUGUCUUUGUCAAAAAAGGUUAUGAUGUGUAUAGAUUCGAUGCUAAACAUGUCAUUUUUUUAUCCAAUGUUAUUUUCUACAUGUAUAAUAUUGUAAUACUAAACAGAUGCAUUUUGUACUGUAA